AUGGCUUCAUUGAGGCUCUUGAAUAAGAGACUUGAUAGCUCUAGUACCGGUCGAGGGCUGUCUCUCUACGGGUGCAUUCUCUUCAUCACACAUGAGACACUUUGCGGAUACAAUUUACGUGCAAUGAGACAUUUACAUGGUGGUUUGGCCAUACUGAAUGAAGUUCUUCCCAAAUCAUGGGUUGGUACCCCCUUCGUUAGCCCCGAAUCUGUUAUUGACACACGAAAGAAAUUUCCUGAGAGCUUGAGAGAGAUUGUAUCGCAAUUGUCACGAAUCAAUAUCAUUGCUUCUACGUACCCGUCAUACAGUUUCAAUGCAAAUAUUAUACGCCGUCCUGAAGUGCCAAAAGAGAUCUUUACAAACGCACAGGCUUAUGAUACUCUGUGCGAUAUCAUAACCUCGGUCCAGCAUCUACGCAACCUAGGUUCAGAACAUCAUUGCCAGUACAUCUACUCGGUCAUGCCUCCCGAUCUGCCCUUCAAAGCAAAACAAUUGGAAAUCAUCAUGGACCAAUCCAUUCCUACCAGAACAAUCAUGACGCAAUAUCUCGCCGCUCGCAUAGAAAUCUCUAUGAUAAUUUAUACAGAGGAACUCUCUUACGAUAAUUUCACUGAAAUGUACAACGAGAUCAACGAACAAGCAGCGGAUAUCAUUGCCAGUCCAAACUAUCUCCGCUCUGUGGGAAGUUUUGGAAUUAUUCAACCUCUUUGGUUGGUAGCAAAUAAGUGUCGCGACUGGAAAACCCGAAAAAUAUCAAUCGAUCUACUGAAUCAGUCUGGUGGCCAAGGACUUUGGACCGGAAGGGCAUUGGCAGUAGGAGGCUUAUGUGUUGCUGAGAAGGAACAUUUCGAUAAGGAUGGGAACUUUCAUGAAUUUGUGCCAGAAGAGAGAAGAUUACGAAGGCUUGAAAUAGCCACUGCGACAUCGAAAAAAAGUGUCUCAGUCAUCGGAGCUCGGAGAGAUGUGGAUGGGGAUUUCACAUAUAUAACGUACGUUGUGAAUCGUGGUUCUGGGAGUGUAUCAGUUGGUAAUAAUGAUAUGGAAUACUUUACGACGAGGUGGAAAGCAUAUAUGAUGAAAAUACCCACUACAAUAGCCAGGGAUGAUAAAAUCUUAAACAAUUAA